UUCUAUUGGACGACAACUUCGCGUCGAUAGUGACGGGUGUAGAGGAGGGACGGCUUAUAUUUGAUAACUUGAAAAAGUCGAUCGCAUACACACUCACCAGUAAUAUACCGGAGAUAUCGCCGUUUUUGGUGUUCAUCUUAGCAGACAUACCGCUCCCGUUGGGAACGGUUACCAUUCUGUGUAUCGAUUUGGGCACAGAUAUGGUUCCCGCGAUUUCAUUGGCUUACGAGAAGGCAGAGAGCGAUAUAAUGAAGCGAAAGCCCAGAGACGCCAAGAAUGACAAAUUGGUGAACGAGAGGCUGAUAUCCAUGUCUUACGGACAGAUAGGUAUGAUGCAGGCCAGCGCCGGCUUCUUCACCUACUUUGUCAUUAUGGGUGAGAAUGGCUUUUGGAUGAACGACUUGAUUGGUAUCCGACAGCAGUGGGACUCGAAAGCUGUGAACGACGUGAGAGACUCGUACGGCCAGGAAUGGACGUAUAACGAUAGAAAAGUGUUGGAAUUCACAUGUCAUACGGCUUUCUUCAUAUCGAUUGUGAUCGUGCAAUGGGCUGACCUCAUCAUCUGUAAGACCCGACGCAACUCAUUAGUACACCAGGGAAUGGAUAAUCAUGUGCUCAACUUUGGGCUCUUAUUCGAGACGGUGUUGGCCGCUAUCUUGUCGUACGGGCCCGGUAUGGAUAAAGCGCUCAGAAUGUAUCCAAUGAAGUUCAACUGGUGGUUAGUGGCCAUACCCUUCGCUAUAAUGAUCUUCAUAUACGACGAGAUCCGGCGAUAUAUACUGCGUCGCAAUCCCGGCGGUUGGGUCGAGAAGGAGACCUACUAUUAAGACUUUAUUUACACACAUAUUAUGAACACAAAGAUUAUGUUUACAAUUCAAUUAUAUGUACAUUUCGUUUACAAAUGAUUUACUUUUAUUGAGUUUUUUAUAUGUAUUUAAAAACGUUUUAGAUUUUUAUCGAUACUUUUUAUGGCAUUUACCGUAUACUGAGAAACAAAUACAAAGUUUUAUGUCUUUAUAUAUAUUUUUAAACUAAAAUCAAUGCUUUAUUUCUGGAAAUUAUUUGUUAAUAUAUUAAUUAUAAAGUAUAUUAUAUUUGUAUAUUAGAUGUGUCUUUGAAAUACUCCUUUUUCUCAAUGAAUUUGUAAAACACUUUUUAAUCGGAUUUAUUAUAUAAAUGACUUUUUCUAAGUGUCUGUCGACCGCUUCAAUAUCUGUGCCCUAUUUGUGGACAAAAUGUUUUAUAACUGAAAAUCUCGUUUUAUUGCUAAACAUUGAUAUCAAUCGUGAAUAAAUUGAUUCAUAAAAAUGAA